AUGUAUAAUUCUGACACCCUCAUUCAAAUAUUUCCAGAAGUAUAUUGCCUCAAUGCUGAUGUUCGUGAGUUUAACAGCAAAAUCAUCGAUAGUGAUGUGAAAAACCUAAUAACUUGGUUCCAUUUAGGGCUCCAAGCAGGAGUCUGUUGGGAUCCAAUUAGGAUCUUCAAGGGGACAAAGAAAUACCUUGUACGGCAGAUGGACCAACUAAUUGAUCUUCUCCUCAGUCGACCAGCGGAGGCGAGCCGGCGGAGUCUGGCCCUGCGAGUUUGCUUGUCCGAUGUGGGAUGCAAAGUCGCCACCACGUCUGCUGCAUCCGGAGGCCCUGUUGUGAUGGAUGGGAAUGAAUCCGAUGAGGCGAAGGCCUUUGCCAAUUUGAGUAUCAACGAGUUUGAUGAUAAUGAUGAGGUCAAUUUUGACAAUGAUAGUGACCAUAUUGCUGAAGAGGAUAUACAUGCGAAAACUGAAAUUGUUGUCGAACAUAUCAAUGAAGUUGGAGUCGUGGAGGAGAAAGGAAAUCCACUGGCCUCAUCCAGUUCGUUCGAGUUUGAUAAUCUAGUACAAAAUCUGGGUAAUGCAAAUGAUGGCACUGAAGUGUUGCCAGAUUCGACAUUGGCGAGUAAUAAUAAGACAACUGCAGAGAAGGGUUCAUCUGAUGUGGUGAUAAUGAGCAAUAGUAGUGACGAAUUAGGAGCUCCUGGAGUUAAGGAGGUGGACUGGAGCGCGUUUGCUGAUUCCGCUAAGAAUGACGAUGGGAAGGCUUCGGGUCGUACUCCGACUUUUUCAGUGAAUUUGAAGGAGAUAAUACUGGUGACGCAUUUGAUUUCGCUUGCCUUCUUCUUGGCUUGUGAGGUUGCAAUUUUGGGUGACGUGGAUACUUCUAAGUGCCAGAAAAUAUUGUUCAUCACAAUUCACAUUAAUAAUCCCAAAUUUUCCCGAAUCGCACUCGUUAAGGUCUAA